AUGAAUUCUGCACCUCUUACUGGUCAAAGUGAAGGUCAAUCCACUACUAGGACCCCACUCUUUGAUGGUACUCAUUUCAUCUGGUGGAAAGCCAGGAUGGAGAUGUUUAUUCAAGGAGAAGACUAUGAAUUAUGGGAUAGGAUUACUGAAGGUCCUACUAUCCCUAUGAAGACAGAAAAUGGUGUACAAGUCAAGAAAAUAAGGAGUGAGUUUACUGCUGAUGAUCUUUUGGCUUUAAAGAAAAAUGCUAAGGCAAAGAAUAUCCUAGUAUGUAGUCUAGGACCUGUUGAAUACAAUAGAAUAUCUACCUGUACCACUGCUAAGCAAAUAUGGGAUGCCUUAGUAAAUGCCCAUGAAGUGUUUAAGAUGAAGGAAAAUGAAUCAUUGCAUGAUAUGAUGACAAGACUUACUACUCUAACAAAUGAGUUAACCUCCUUGGAAAAAGACAUCACUGAAGAAGAACAAGUAGAGAAGGUUCUAAGGGUGCUACCAAAGUCAAAAUGGAAUGUUAAAGUCACUGCAAUCAGGGAAGCAAAUAAGGAUCUCACAGGUAUGACUUUGGAUGAACUAGUAGGGAAUUUAAGAACCUAUGAAAUGGAAGUUGAUGGAAUUAAGGAACAGAAGGCUUCUGAAAAAAUCUUGGCCUUGAGGGCUUCUGAUAGUGAUGAAGAGAUUGAACUGGAUAAGGAACAAAUUGCCUUCAUAACAAAAAACUUCAGCAAGUUUUUUAAGAAGAAGGGAACAGGUAGCAAAAAGCAUUCCAAUGACAACCCAAAUGGAUGUUACAAGUAUGGAAAGACUGAUCAUCAGAUCAGAGAAUAUCCUCUCUUGGAAAUAGAAUGGAGGAAGGAAAGAGUUGAAAAAAAACAAAAGGCCAGGAGGAAGGAAAAGGAAGAACAUGCCAUGAUAGCUGCAUGGGGAUCUAACUCUGAUAAUGAUGAUGAUGGAAUUGAUGAGACAACAUUUAUGGCUUUUGGAGACUCAGACAUUGAGGAAGAAGAUAAUGCUUCUGAGGAGAAGGUGAAGGGAAACAAAAGGUACUGGUACCUAGAUAGUGCUUGCUCAAGACAUAUGACGGGUGACAAGCAAAAGUUCCUUUCGCUCUCCAAAAUAAAUGGUGGGGGAGUCUCUUUUGAAAAUAGAAAAAGGGUAGUUGGAAAAAUUGGUUCAUCUGAGUCAAAAGCUUUGGAGGAUGUUUAUCUUGUGGAAGGACUGAAGCAUAACCUGCUAAACAUUUCACAAUUGUGUGACAAAGGUAAUAAAGUAAUUUUCACUGCUUCAGGUGUUAAAGUCAAAAGGAUGGACACCAAAGAAAUUGUGCUUACUGCAAGGAGAUAUAGGAAUGUAUACAAAGCAGACAUAAUGGCAAUACCAAGACCUGGUUGA